CACUUCGCAGUUCACAGACCAAAGCCAACUCUUUUUAGAUUUUAUCGAACACUCUCACUCUUUCUUUACUCUUCUUCUUCUUCUUCUGCGAGAAGGAAGCUGUUCUUUCUGUACUUCUCCUACUUUCCUCCCAUUUUCUCUCACUUUCCUUCUCGUUUUCCCCUCACAAUGCCAAUCAACAAGGACCCAUCUACUCCCCCUCCUAUCAUCGGGAAAAUCGGACCCUACACUGUCUUCAUGACCCCUCCCUGCACCCCUAAACCCGCUGAGCCUCCUGUUUUUGAUUCCCCUAAAAAGAUGGUUUCACCGCCUCCUGUUCAGCCGCCGCCUCAGCAAAUUGAUAAAUCUGUUUCUGCUCAGACUUUGUCAGAUGGGUCCGUUUCUGGGUUCUUCAGAAAUGCUCUCAACAAAGUGCAAAACGUGAAUUCAAGGUUAGAUGAGCAUUUGGCACGUUGGUUCGGGUUAAAUCAGUCCAAGUAUCAGUGGGCGUUGGAUGAUUAUUAUGAGAGCAAGGAAUUGGGAAAAGAUGAUGCAAGAUCUAAAGAAAUACUGAGCAAAGUACAGAGUGUGUAGCAUAUGGUUGGGUUGGUAAUAUGAUAAUUCUAUUCUCAUCAGCUUUCUGCUUACCAGAUUUUUAUGAUUUGAUUUUAACCAAUAGAAUGUGGGUAUGCAGUAUGUACUUUGCGCGCAAAACGAAAGUUGAAUGAAUGUCGAAUGACCCCUAUAAUAUAUGGAAUAUCAAAAGUGCAUCCUGAUUAUUGAAGGGAAAAUGUUGUGUGGGUUUCUAGAGAUUGGCUUGCUUGCAAUCCUCUACUUAGUUGCAGAAGUUAACCAAGUGGUCUAUUGCGUUGUAAGUUUAUAUAAUAUCUUUUAUAAGUCAGAAUUUUGUGUUCAUGAGUUGCAAUCUAAUUGAAGUUUACCCAAGUGGUUGAGAGAUGCA